AAAGAAUUUGAGGUAACACACCCUCUUCCGGCCAACUCAUCUGAACUCUGCUGUUAGUUCAAAUGUGUCACUUUAUGCCAACCAGUCAAAUAAAUUGCUUCACUUUAAAAUAGACUGAAGUUCAAGCGUGAAGACAACAGCAAACAUGGUGUUGCAGACGAUGAUUGUUCGUGUCGCCGACAGUCUGCCACUUGCUGCAUCUAUGCAAGAAGACGAGCAGUCUGGCCGAGACUUACAGAAGUAUCAGAGUCAAGCCAAGCAGCUUUGCCGAAAACUCAACGAACAGAGUCCUGCACGCUGCACUUUAGAGGCCGGUGCCAUGAGCUUCCACUAUGUGAUUGAGAAAGGAGUGUGUUACUUGGCUUUAUGUGAAGCAGCUUUCCCCAAGAAACUAGUGUUUGGCUAUCUGGAGGAGCUGGAGAGAGAAUUCAGUGACCAAUACGGGGCAAAGGUCCUGUCAGUGUCACGGCCGUACUUUUUUAUCGAAUUCGACACGUACAUUCAGAAAACCAAAAAGUUAUACAUCGACGGCAGAGCACGAAGAAAUCUGGGCAGCGUCAAUUCAGAGUUACACGAUGUCCAGAGGAUCAUGGUCGCUAAUAUAGAGGAAGUGCUUCAGCGUGGAGAAGCCUUAUCUGCCUUGGAUUCCAAAGCUAGUAACCUGUCCAGCCUGUCUAAGAAGUACCGCAGUGAUGCCAAAUAUCUCAACACACGCUCCACCUAUGCUAAAGUGGCCGCCGGCGCUGUCAUUUUCAUCACACUCAUUGUGUAUGUGCGCUUCUGGUGGCUGUGAAUACAUGACAAAUUCAGGCAGAGAUUCUCAGGGCCUCACUCACAAAAAUGUUUCGGACACCAAAGAGUCUGUUCCGGCCUUAAAGUCCUUUCUGUUUGAGACACUGAAUGUAGCUUUUGUCAAGGUCAUAACGAUGCUGUUGUCUUUUUACAGUUGUACCUUGCUUUAUUUAUAAUCAGUGGAAGGUGUUAAUGAUGUACUUGUUACCUUGUAUGUCUUCAGUAUGUUCAUAACAGAGCUAUGCAAAGUA